UGCGCUUUUCUGUUGCUGUAGUUCUAAAUUUAGCUGUCGUGUGUUAGGAUUUUUUAGUACCGCUUUUGCAAUAAUGUCCGCCGAACGUCUUGCUAAAAUCCCAGAGGCUGAUUUAGAUCCCAAUGGCGUCUUCAAAUACGUCCUCAUACGGGUUCACAGCAAAGAUGAUGAUUCAUAUGUUGAUAUUGUGAGAGGAUACGCAUGGGCCGAGUAUCAUGCUGAUAUCUAUGACCGUGUGGCUGGAGAACUGGAGAAAAGUGGAGGAUUGGAUUGUGAGUGUCUCGGAGGUGGAAGAAUCAAACAUGAAAAAGACGCAAAGAAGAUCCACGUCUACGGUUAUUCCAUGGGAUUUGGGAAAGCAAACCAUUCUGUUUCCACAGAGAAGAUAAAAACCCAUUACCCAGACUAUGAGGUGACCUGGGCAGAUGAAGGGUAUUGAGUGGGUUACAUGGGAUCUAUGACAGCUCAGUAGGAGGACUCAAUAUUCUAGGACUACUGAUGUGCCAAGGCUGAGAAAGAACAGAACUCUCUAAAAUGUUUCUGAUAUGGAUGGGUGUGUGGAUAAAACGCUUACUCCGUUAUUUUUGAUUGGUUUUUAACUUCAUGUGUAGAUUAACACAUGGCAACAAAGAGAGAAGAAUGCACUUAUGUUUAUGGCCAUUGGUCUUUAUGUUGGCAAAUACAGGAAAUGAUGAAAUAAAGCACAGAACAGGUUAGAGGGAAAGGUUAAGUACUUCAUCCAAACCAUAAAAAUGUAUAUAGUGCAACAGUGACAUCCUGAAAUGAUAAUAAAGUGCUCUUAGAAAUUUUGUCAUGUAUUUAAGUUGGAAAAGUGUUGGGAUACAACCUGCUAUAUCAAAGUAAGGCAAAAGUCUUAGUAUGGGAAAUUACUGUGCUUAACUACAACAUAUAAAAUGAAUCUUAAAGAUUUCUAAAGCAAACCUGAUCCAGAGGUUGUAAACCUUGCCUGAUAAACUUGAUGAUCCACUUCA